AUGAGUGAUAAGAGUUUGUUGGAUCGUUUAAAUCGAUUGAUAAAAAUUGCACCUGAAACAACUCAUGACAGAAAUGAAAACUCGUGGAGUGAAAAUCUUUCAACCGAGAAGAAGAUUCAUGCAAUAAAAAUCACAGAAGAAUGUAAAUUAAUCAACCCUUACUCUCAAGAUAACUUAAUUAAAAAGAAACCAAAGAAAUCAGGAAUUCAGUUGCUUAAAAAGUUAACGAGGAAGUGCAAAUGGAAGCUUCCGACUUCAAUUCUUAUCUUCAGUGUCCUUCAGCUCUUCUUCUACAUUUUCGUUCAUCACAACAUCACAUAUCAAACUUUGGCUUUUUCACCAAACCGGAAACUUGAACUGUGGCGAUACUUCACUUAUUCACUUUUGCAUGCUGGCAUAGCUCAUCUUUUUAUUAAUAUAAUUUUACAACUUGUGAUUGCAUUUCCUUUGGAGACUGAAGUUGGUCACGUAAAUGUUGCGAUUGUGUACAUUGGAGGGAUUUUAAGUGGAUCGUUAGCUGCUUCAAUGGCUGACGAUCUCUCGCUGAUGGUUGGUGCUAGUUCGGGAAUUUACGCUCUUUUAAUGAGCUACAUCCCACACAUUUUUUUGAAUUUCUCAACAAUCUCGUUUCGUUUUCAUCGAAUGAUCUUCGUCGGUCUGCUAUCGAUCUCUGAUAUUGUUUAUGCAAUUUUCCACUGUAUGGUAAAUGGAAACAAAGAACCAAAAAUUCAUUAUCAAGCUCAUGUGUUUGGAGCACUCAGCGGCAUUGUACUUGGUUUUAUAUUUUUUAAAUGUGAAAAUACUGAAUCCAGGGAUGAGAAUCAAUUGUUGCUUAAAAUUAUCAAAUGGACUUCAAUUGCAAUUUACUUAAGCUUUAUUGUUGCUGUUAUCAUCAUUGAUGUUGUUCAAGAUAAGACUUCUUAA